AAGCUCUAGCUACCUAUAAUUCUCAUACUCUCUAGCUCUAUUUGGACAAUCAGAAACCCUGUAUUCUUCUUCCUCAAGUUGUGUUAAACUUUGAGGUUAAGAGAUAUGGGUAGACCACCUUGCUGUGACAAAAUCGGUGUGAAGAAGGGACCAUGGACUCCUGAAGAAGACAUCAUAUUGGUCUCUUUUAUUCAAGAACACGGUCCUGGAAACUGGAGAUCAGUUCCCACUAAUACUGGUUUGCUUAGAUGCAGCAAAAGUUGCAGGCUUCGAUGGACUAACUAUCUUCGUCCCGGUAUCAAACGUGGUAAUUUCACUGAACAAGAUGAAAAGAUGAUCAUCCAUCUCCAAGCUCUUUUAGGAAAUAGAUGGGCUGCCAUAGCUUCAUACCUUCCUCAGAGAACAGAUAAUGACAUAAAGAACUAUUGGAACACCCAUUUGAAGAACAAGCUGAAAAAGCUUCAAACAGGCGUUGAUGGCCAAAACGAAGAUGGGUUUUCAAACAGAUAUCAAACAGAUAUCAAGAUGGCUAAACAAGCUAUUUCUGAGGCUUUAUCGAUCGAUAAACCGAACUCGAUGGAGUCGGUCGAGUUCAAGCACACUCAUCCUUACUUGAGUACCAUACAGUCUCAAUCACAGUCAUCUAUUUACGCAUUGAGUGCCAAGAACAUAUCACGGAUGCUCCAGAACUGGAUGAAAAAUCCACCCAAGACGGCAGCUCACCGAGCGAAUUCAGCAGAAACCAUGACCCAGAAUUCCAGUUGCAGUACCGAUGGAGGAGCCUUGUUCAGCGAAGCGACGCCCGAGGGUUUCGAUUCGUUCUUCAGCUUCAACUCGUCUAACUCGGACAACGUUUCUCACGAAUCCGUGUCGGUGAGUAACGCGAAUUUGACACCGGAGAACAGCGUGUUCCAAGACGAAAGCAAGCCCCAUUUUGGGGAUCAAGUGCCGCUGAGAUUGAUAGAAAAAUGGCUGUUGGAUGAUGGUUUGGCUCAGGAUCAUGAUGAAGAAGACCUAAUUAGCAUGCCUUUAGAGGAUACUGCUGGUUUGUUUUGAAAAAGAAAAAGAAAAAGAAGCAAUGG